AUGGCUUCUAAUAGAGUUAAGAAACUAGUUAAAGAUUCUACCAUUUUUCUUCUUUGUGAUAUUCAAGAAAAAUUCAAACCACAUGUUUAUGAAUUUACAAGUUUAGUAUCAACUGCCAAAAAAAUGAUUGCGGUAUCGAAAAUUUUGGAGAUUCCUGUGUUAGUUACUGAACAGAAUCCGAAAGCUCUUGGAAAAAUAGUUGCUGAUAUUGAUGUUAAAACUCAUGACCUUAUUAAAGUCUAUGAAAAAACAAAAUUUUCAAUGUAUACCGAAGAGAUACAAAGAAGUUUGACCGAAAUAAAAAUAAAACCAAGUUCUGUUGUACUUUUUGGAAUUGAGGCCCAUGUGUGUGUGUUACAAACAGCUUUAGAUUUUUUGGAGAAAGGUUUUGACGUCCAUGUGUUGCAAGAUGGAAUCUCAUCUAUUCACCUUCCAGAAGUCGAUAUUGCAUUGCAUCGAAUGAGUCAAGUAGGAGCAGUAAUCACAACCUCAGAAUCUGUUCUGUUUCAAUUGUUAGGUGACUCCAAAGACAACAAGUUCAAAGAUAUUUCUAGUUUAGUGAAAGAAUACAAAGAAGCUACUGCAAACAACAAAUUGCUUUUUAGAUCAAGUAUGAGCACAUUAUUAGUCAUGUUGAAACCAAUAAAUAUUUGA